AUGUUUGGCGGCUGCCGGGGCUGGUUCUCCCAAAGUGUGGCCCGUGAGCUCUGUGACCUCUGGGUUGCUGAAAGGGGAGUGAUCACAAAUCAAGAGGAAGCCGAUUACCUGUUCAGCAGUGACGCUGCCCACCCUGAUACGAAAAGAAUACAUGAGAGCUUAGAUUAUCUAGAAGACAGAAUCGAGGUUUUUCAUUCCAAUUAUCUCAAUGCAAGCACCAACUCUGAAAUUAAAAUCACAGUGCCACUGGGACAUUUCCUUCUUCCACCUGCCUGCUUACAAGAAGAAAUUAGAAAACAAAUUGGCAGUUUUAUAUGGGAGCAAAUAACUGAACCCCUGAAGCCUCAGUCCAGUGAUGAAGCGAGGUGUGGCAAGAAUGACCAAGAGCCAAACGGCACAAGCGGGUUGGAUAAAAGUGAAGGCUAUCAGACCCCAGAGACGUCAGAAAGAAUGAGUCUGGCUUAUGUUCCUCUUCAGGAUUAUCCAUCAUGUAAUAUGGUGACAGGUUAUGAUUCGGCUAAAGAGAUGAAGAAAUUUCUUGGGGAGAUACGGGAUUUCGUUCCUGGCUGUUCUGGUUACUUGGCAUAUUGUAUACAGAACGAAACUAGUUUUUUCUCUGAUAGGAAACCAAAACUGAAACGAAAGUUAUAA